AUGAUUAGCUUUGAAGUUAUGAGAACUUCCGGAAGCAUUCUACUAAUAGUGACAUUGUGCACAUCAGCAUAUGCUCUUGAUUGCACCACCUUCAAACAAGAAUGGAUGAAAUUACGGUAUACUAUACUAACAGGAGUUCAUAGUUCAACUAUCAUUGGUCCUACAUCAAACAUUUGUCCUGUAACCGGUACUUCCUGUUGUGAUGUAAGUAUGGAACAAGAAAUGUACUCAGUGGGUCAGCGUCAACUUAUAAAGCAAAUCAACUCAUGGUUACAAGUUGCCUGGAAAAUGAGCAAUGACAGUGCCGUGCUUGAAUCAAUUUUUCAAGCUGAUUUACAACAAGCUAAAGGACGUUUACAUCAAUUUUUCAGUCGGAUUUAUGGAUACAAUUAUAAAUUGCAUAGAAAUUUCUUCUUCGGGUUUUUCACCGAUUUAGAACAAUAUAUGGCAGGUCAGCGGGGUCAGCUCGGUGUGUUAAUAAAAAAUUUCUUCAGUCAACUUCGUGACAGCAUAGUUAGUUUGAUUGAAAAAUCUGGACAGGUUAAUUCUAAUCCUCCCUUCGGCUCGGUUUCGCCUAACACUGGCUCGUUUGGUAACAGUCUUCCUGGGGUUGGUGGUACUGAUGAAGCUAGUGAAUCUAGGCGACUUCGUUGUUUAUCUGAAAAGAUUGCGCAGUUACAUCCGUUUGAUGAUGUAGAUGUCCGACUUCACGCUCGUAUGUUGGAAGCUUAUCCACCUGCUCGUAUGUUGGUCAAUGUUUUAUCCGUUACCAGCAAAUUAUUACACUAUCUGGUUGACCAGGUUGUAGCUCAAUCUCAAUGUAUUUUGGGCAUUACACGUUAUCGAUUUUGUGCUAUAUGCGAGGCUCAAUCACUUAAUAAUGUCUGCCCUGAGAGUUGUUCACAAUUACUAGCCGGAUGUUUACAUGGUGAUGGUCCAGAUGAAGCACAAUUGGCGUAUAUUUGGCCUCAAUUGAUUGAUACAGUCAUCAUGGCAACUAAUCGGUUGGAAAGAUCAUUCAACUUUCCUGCAGUAAAUAGUAAUCUUCAAAUGGAAAUAUCUGAAGCAAUAACUAGUUUACAAACACGUUAUAGUGAAACAAAAUCUAAGUUUGAAUCCGAAUGUCGAUUUGGUUCUGCCGGUCGACGAAUGCCAACAUUGUUCAAUCCUAUUGGACCCUCUUAUAGCAGUCAAGAAAAUCGUGCAAAUCACUCAGACAUCUCUAGAUGGUCAAUGUUAUCUAAUUUGAAUAGACGCUUAAAUCGAAUAGCUCGUUCAUCUUAUUCACAAUCAUCACCUGUUUCUCAAGAAUUCCUUGACUGGCAAACACGACAACGACCAUCCCAAGUCAUUCCUAGUAACAAUCGUCCAAAAAAAAUAGAUUAUAACCAACAAAGGAUUAGCAAAACAUCUGAUGACUGGGAUGCCUCAGACAAAGAGAAUCCUAUGAAUGCUCCAAAUGAUCUCGUUCGUCAAGUCAAUGAAAUCAAACAAGCUUAUUCAUCGCUACGCGAUCUGUUCAGUGGUCCAGCUGGUAGCUUAUGUCCUACUAAUUCAACCGCUAUGAAUAAUGGGAAUUCGUCUCGUGCUAAUCAAAGUACUCACUGUUGGAAUCCACCUCGUCUACCCGAUACUGCACCUGAUCCUGGAAUUACACAAAUUUUAGCCCAACUUUAUGAAGCUUCCAAAAGAUUGCACGAAGCCUCAACCAACACUAAAGAUCCAGAUACAUUAGUUGUCAAACCGCCUCCUAGAUCGAAUUCUGCUCCUAAUACUUACUCAAGAAAUGACCAAAACAGUCAUUUGUCAGCCAGUUUAACUGACCCUCUCUCAUCAAAUCAAUUUCUUGCACAGGACCAAUGGCAAGGUCCUAAGCAAUCUAGAGUGGAUAAUUCAUAUGAGACGGAAAGAAAUAUUGGAAUCGAAAGUGGAAGUGGAAAUCAACCGAAUUCUUUACAAUAUCCAGAUAAUUCUCUUUCCCAAACUUACGAGCAGUCAUCGAGUCAAUUCAAUAAUAUGUUUCCUGACGACCUUCAAAGUAAAAACGAUCCUCGUAUGUACGGUUCUGUUAUGAAUGCUGAUACUAAAAGAACAGGAAUUAGUCAAGGUACAGAUUCAAAUAGGUACUUUAAUCAAAAAUCUGCACAACAAUGGCCAAAGAAAUCUAAUGGGCACAAUAAUUGGGGUAAUGUAGAUCAUCAAAGAAAUAAAUGGAAAUCUAGUGGUUCCACAGACUUCAACAUACCAAUUUUUCAAGAACUCACAACCGAAUUGGGACCUUUAGCAACGGAAAUGACAACAACAACUACGACGACGACGUUUUCUCCAACUACUGUUACAGCUUCCACUGUGUUACUAACUAAUUCCACGAGAUUAGUUACAACAUCAAGUUCAUUAGAAAAGCCAAGUGAUUUAUCAUCACUGGAAGUCAAGGAUAUUGUUACAGAAAGUGUUACAAGACAAACACCUCUUACUGUCCGGACGGAUUCAGCAUUAGAUAGGCAUCCACAAACUACAACACAACAUUACAUAGACCCAACGUUGAAAUCAGGCACAUACACGGAAUCACUUUUACCGUCAACUGACCAAUCAAGCAAUAUUGGAUUUUUGCCAGACGACGAAGACAAUACUCAAGUGAUCUCAAGACAAAUACCUUAUCAAACACCUGAUUCUCAAAAUAUUAAUUCUUGGCAUCAAACCGCUGAGGUUUCUCAACGUUUUGGUGAAGGCUCCGGAAAUCGAGGCAGUGGUAAUGCACCAUCGGUCUUUACACCACAAUAUCAAAGAUCCCGAACUUCAUGGCCACAGUCCGGCAGAGAAUCGGUAGUCCCCAACGCUGCAGAUACGCGUUACGAUGAAGAAUUUAUUGGUCCCCAACCAGACAAAAAUCUAGCUUUCUACCCAAGCACCCAAGAGCCAGAAAAUCGAGGGGAUGAAGAAGCUUGGAACGUUUCUCCCGAUAAGCUAGCUUCAGGGUUUCUAGAAGGAGUUAGUGGAAUGAGCCCCAACAUGGAGUGGAAUGAGGACAAAAACGAUCGCCACACUGGCUCGUCACAAUGGCAAGGUGCAUCGGGAGGUAGUAGGAGUGGCAACACAGCUCCGGAAGAUACACCCAUACUGCAUCCCCCAACUCAGCCGACGCAACCACCUAUUCCACCGCGGGUCGAUAAUGUUCCGGAGAUUCUUCCACAACCACCCCUGCCACCCCCAGAAGUGUGGGUACCAGCAAAGUUAAGCCCCGGACAGCCGGUGCCACCCAUAUUGCUAAUACGAGAAUAUAG